AUGAGAAGUAGCACCACAGGUCGUAGCAGCAAUAGUAGUCGAGAUCGUCUUCAAAGUUUCCGACGGAGUACCACGACGCAAGGGACCGUAGACGCAUCCGCUUUCUUGGAGAGUUUUCACGACGAAGAAGUCGACAACAUGUCGAAUCCUGAUGAUUCCUACGUAGAGCAUGAUGAUUCCAUUGAAGUUGACGACAAAGAGUUUUCAUCCACCAAGAAGGAUUCAGCUGAAGGAUCCAGUCAAGAACUCUCGGGUCCUCUGGGAAACAGUGACAAUCUGGCGGUCAAGCGAUCCAAGCGCUUGGUCUAUCUAGUGCUGACACUGGUCACCGGAGGUUUUGCAGUGGCGGUCUACUUUUUGAUCAGCCACGAAGAGAACAAAACCUUUGAAAGCAAGUUCAGAGACUUUGCAAAAGAGAUCCUGACAUCUGCUGAUUCCAAUGCCAAGGACUUUCUGGGCAAGUACCAGGGAAUCAGCAACACUUUCACUUCCUACUCGAUCGACAAGGGUGCCGCAUGGCCCAACGUGACGCUACCUCACUUUACCAUUCGAACGACCGAGUCCUUUGAAAAGGUUGCUGGAGCCGAGCUCUACAUCUUUAGUCCCAUGGUCACCAAAGCCAACCUUCAAGGCUACGAAAGGUAUGCCUGGGAUCAUCAAGGAUGGAUCGAACAAGACCUCGAGUUGCGAGGGUUGGGAAAGCUGGACCCUGGAUUAAUCCCUGCUCGGGUCUAUCCACACGGUGGCGCCGCUGCGGGACUCGAAGAACACCUCUCCGCACAGCUGCAUGUCCCUAUUUGGCAAGUUGCACCGGUCCCAACCGAUGCCAAGAUUGUCAACUUGGAUCUCUACUCCCAUCCCAGCUUUCAACGCAUGAUCGAGGAAUGCCAUCAGGUCCGACAUACGUUGCUCAGUGAAGUGGUCGACCGGACAUUCAUCUCCGAGAGCAUUCAAACUCUCGACAGCAACGCUCUCACGGAUCGCGAUCCACGUAGUUAUGCCGUCGAACCGGUUUACCGAGACUUUGCCUGGGACAGCGAAGUCGUCGGGUUCAUCUUUGCCGUCGUGCCAUGGUUCACCUACUUUCUCAACAUUCUGCCUCCAGGAACCAACAACUACAUUGUCGAAGUCCAAGACAGCUGCGGAUCUUCCUUUUACUACAAGCUAGAUGGACCCGAUGCCACACUCGUCGACGACAAGGACUUUUCACCCAACCCCGACUUUGCACACUUGACGCAAGCUGCGGAAUUCGCCGAGUUUGCACGGUUCGACGGCGAGUCUUUCGCCGGCAAUAGUAUCCUCCAUUGCUACUACCGCCUCGUCGUGCAUCCAACGGAUGAGCUCAAGAAGGAAUAUGAAAGUGACGAUCCUGUCGUCUACACACUAGUUGUUCUGGCCGUGUUCGGACUAACCGUCUUGACUUUUGUCCUCUACGACUACUUUGUUCAGCGACGGCAAGACAAGGUCAUGUGGGCCGCAACACGAACCGCCGCCAUUGUCUCUUCCCUCUUUCCCAAGAACAUCCAAUCCAAGCUCAUGAAGGAAGCAAUGAGAGAUGACUCCCGGUCCCGACGACGUAGCUUCAGCGGCAAAGACAUGCUCAAAUCCUUCCUUGGAUCGGAGUCGGCCGCCGACGAUGACUCAGUCGUUUUCGACACCAAACCCAUCGCCGAUUUCUUCCCGGAAACCUCCAUCCUCUUCGGUGACAUCGUAGGUUUCACGGCGUGGUCAAGUACGCGCGAGCCUUCGCAAGUCUUCAAGCUGUUAGAGACCAUCUACCAUGAAUUUGACCGGGUGGCAAACCGAAGAAGAAUUUUCAAAGUGGAGACUGUGGGCGAUUGCUAUGUCGCUUGUACUGGAUUGCCAGAUCCCAGACCUGAUCAUGCAGUUGCGAUUUCCCGAUUCGCUCAUGAAUGCCUCUCCAGGCUGGGAUCGUUGUUGAAUCAGCUUGAGACCGAGUUGGGUCCAGAUACAGGAGACCUUGGAAUGCGAGUGGGAAUCCACAGUGGUCCUGUAACCGCUGGAGUCCUCAGAGGGGAAAGAGCUCGGUUCCAACUAUUUGGGGACACAAUGAAUACUGCUAGCCGCAUGGAAUCAACGGGCAGUCGAAACAUGAUUCAAGUUUCUCAAGAGACCGCUGACCUCCUUUUCAAAGGAGACAUGGGCCAUUGGGUUGUUCCACGAGAAGACCUCGUGGAUGUCAAAGGCAAAGGCCAAAUGCAAACUUUCUGGUUACAAGCAAGGAGCAAGGACACCGCAUCAAAAGCAUCCACGUCUACAAACAGCGAUGAGACAAGUGCAGGUGCCAUGCUGGAGAGUUUGCUUCCUUCCUCCAUGCAUGCGAGCCGGUGCCAACAAGGUCAUGUUGACCCAAAGGCGAAGCUCAAUGAGAAGACUUUGCGCCUGGUUGACUGGAAUGUUGAUAUUCUGAUAAAGAUGCUUCAGGAAAUUGAGGCGAGAAGGCUGUCUACGGAUGUUGCUCUGGAUCCUUGUGAGAGACUAUCGCAACUGGAGGAACAGUACCUCUGCAAGACUGACAUGGUUCUCAAUGAAGUGCGAGAGAUCAUUGUGCUUCCAGAAUACAAAACAGAGCUCACCUCCCAUGAACCCAAGAUGGUUAGAUUUAGCUUUGGAAUUGUAGAGCAACUCCGGCAGUACAUCCUGAUCAUUGCAUCAAACUACCACAAGAAUGCAUUCCACAAUUUUGAACAUGCUUCACACGUCACAAUGAGUGUGGUGAAGCUCUUCUCAAGGAUCAUUGCACCUGAUUUGGACAAGGUUGGGGAGAAUAUGGAUAGCCUUCAUGACCACACCUAUGGGAUCACUUCAGACUCUCUUACACAGUUUGCAGUUGUGCUCUCAGCUUUGAUCCAUGAUGUUGAUCAUCCUGGGAUUCCAAAUUCACAGAUGGUGAGAGAACAGAUGGAGGUUGCCAAGCUCUACCAGGGCAAGAGUGUCGCUGAACAGAACUCAGUGGAUCUGGCCUGGGGGCUUUUGAUGAAACCAGAGUUUCAUGACUUGCGCCGUACAAUCUACAAGACUGAAGCAGAGUUCUAUCACUUCCGAGAACUGCUUGUGAACUCUGUGUUGGCAACUGAUAUUAUGGAUGCUGAUCUGAAGGCACUCAGAAACAGGCGAUGGGCCAAGGCCUUCUCGGACAGAAAGGAAGAAAGCAUCCGUGACCAAACCAACAGGAAAGCCACCAUUGUGAUUGAACACUUGAUGCAAGCUUCGGAUGUGUCUCAUACAAUGCAGCAUUGGCACAUUUACCGCAAGUGGAAUUCUCGCCUCUUUGAAGAGCUCUACAUUGCUUAUGCAGAAGGGAGGGGAGAGAAGAACCCAGUGGACUGCUGGUACCAGGGUGAGCUCGGCUUUUUUGAUUUCUACAUCAUUCCUCUGGCGAAAAAGCUCAAGGAAUGUGGUGUGUUUGGUGUGUCUUCGGAGGAGUACUUGCAGUAUGCCACAAACAAUCGCAAUGAGUGGGAACGUAGAGGACAAGAGGUUGUGCAAGAACUGUUGAGGAAACUCAAUGACAGUGGCCAUCUACUGCCGUCAGAUGAGCCGCCACCGCUCAAGUCUAUGCGUAAUCUUCUUCAAGGGCAAGGUGCACAAACAAGGUACAUGGCAAGCAUUCCACCCUCCAAGCCACCUGCCACACAUCCAUCAGCUAGCACUUCAGCGGUGAAAUCCAAGACCCAGAGAGAAAAUGACGGCACCAAGAGUUUUCAUGAGGGCAACCGUGAACUAGAGGAAGAAGGCAAAGAGAGUGAAACCUGUGUUAGUAGUUGCCCAUCCAAUGAUACCCUUUCUUCAGUGGGGGGCAAUCACACUGAGUUGAAACAGAAAGAGACGUCAUCCUUCAGAAAUGAGGUGGAGUGCUGA